CCUUAGCAACCGGCGCGCAGGUCGGCUCCGCCCGUCCCGGCCAUGGCUUCAGUUCCCGCCCGCAGGACCAUGGAGGUGGCCCUGCAGGAAAGGCCGCCGCCCCGGCUCCGCGAGCCCUUGCGCCGCCGCCCCGACCUCCCUGCCCGGACCUUGCCUCUGCUCCUCCUCCUGCUGCUGCUCGUCUUCCCGGAGCUGCUCAGCGCUCAAGGUAAUACAGUACAAACAGCGUCUGUGAAACAAGUUUUAAAUACUGUGGAACCUGAGUUAUCAGAUGGGGUGCUAUCUCAUAACUACACCAAACUUAUUGUUCCCACCACCAGUGCCCCAGCCCUUGCACCCAGUUCAGAAAAAAAUGAAGUGACUACAUCUGUAUUCUCUCCGUCACCUACUGCCAUACCCCAAAUGGAAAUUGAUGCUACUGAAGAUACUAGAAUAGAGGACGAGGAACUUCUUACACUUAACAGUUCUCCAUCUGUAACCAAGGAUGUUUUGGACAAUGGGGAUUAUGGAGAACAAGACUAUGACUGGACUCCCAAUACCAGAGAUGAUACUGAUGAGCAAAUGCAAGAAAAUACAGCUUAUGCAGGAUUUGAACAGACUGUUAAUCUGAACAAUUUUCAUGAGACAAAAUCCUUUAAGUCUGCAUCAUCAAAUGUAGAGGAGGAAGACAGCCAUUUCUUUUUUCAUCUCAUUAUUUUUGCUCUUUUGAUUGCUAUUGUUUAUAUCACAUAUCACAACAAAAGAAAGAUCUUCCUUAUGGUUCAGAGCAGAAAAUGGCGUGAUGGUCUUUGCUCCAAAACUGUGGAAUAUCAUCGACUAGAUCAGAAUGUUAAUGAGGCAAUGCCUUCUCUGAAGAUUACUAAUGAUUAUAUUUUUUGAAAGUACUAUGAUCUGAGGUUACUUAUUUAGUCAUUUUCUUUGACUUUUUAUAUCAUAUUAUGCAGAUAUUUGCCAUAGACAGUUGGUACAUAAAUGAGAGUUUAACCUCUCUCAUUUUUUCAUGGUAGUUUGGAGAUAAGGGAUGUGUAUAAUUUUUUAUUUUUAUUAUUAUCUCUAUUAUUUUUUCAGUCAAAAUCAAAUCUGAUAUUGAAAACAUGGCACUAAAUAUUAUUUUGUGUACCCUGUUUUUUUCAGGUUUAUUUAUCUCGUAUCUUCUGAAAAUGUCAGUGAACUAAUUGUUAAGUCCCUCAGAAUAUUUAUGUAAAUUUAAAAUAGUCUAGCAUCACUGCAGCAGUCUCUUUGGUAGCUGGAUGUUGAUUUUUUUUUAAGUAUAAAUUUCUUUGUGCUAUCAAACUAAUAUAAAUGAACAUAACGGACAUAAUGCCUUGCAUUUAAAUAGAACUUUUCUUCAGGAAAAGUAUUUUAGAUAUUUCUUAGAGGACGUCAGCAGUACUCUUAGACAUUGGGAUUGCUCAUAUAGGCCAAAAUUCCAAGUUGAUAAUGCAACAAAUAUAUUGAAAUUUCUGGUAUGACAGACUUUAUAAUUGCAAUUUCUUCACUUAAGUGUUAAGAAAAUGUAAUUUAUCCUUUGUGUUAUUGAAUUAAACCUAGAAUUAGAAGUUUUGGGUCAAUUGUAAAAUAUAUGAAUUUACCAAAGAGUGGGAUUCAUUGCUCAGUGGCAAGGAAGGAUUGCCAUAAAAAAUGUUAUAUUCAUUAGGUGGUUAUUUUAUAAUAAGAUUAGGGUGGGGAGGAGGGGGAGUUGGGAUAAAUCUUAAGGCCUAUUGUAUUGGACUGCAUUUACCCAGGUCUGUCAUAUUCAAAUUAUACCUGAAUUAAGUCACAUAGAUUUUUGUGGGUACACUGACUUUUUUUUUAGUGUUUCAUACUCUUAUUUGUUCACAGAUAAAGAAAAUGACUGAUUUUCUUUUUGCACACAUUUUAGUGAUGAUUGAAAUUGAUCACUAUGUAAAGAGAAGUUAUUUGAACUGAAAGUGACUCAUAAGAAUCAUUGUAUGAUUUUUUUUUGGAGGGGGGAUGUCCUCAGAUAUAUUUUAAAUUUAUUAAGCAUGGGAAUAAUCAGUAGGUGGGCUCUCUUAUCUACUCAGAUGAAGCAGUUCAGCUUUCUUCCUUCAGUUGAACACUUUACUCUUCUAAUACUGAGAAAGUGAAGCACAGAACUAUCAGAACUAUUUUCUUGCAGUAAUUUUUAUCAUAUUUGAACUUGCAUCAUUUAAUAUUUUAAAUUUUUUAAAAAAAUAAAUAGUAAGAAUAUAAAUCUAUGAUGUCACAGUAACUUGUGUCAUGUGUAGCAUUUCAGCAUAUACUUAUAUUGCUGUUAGGAAGCAAUAAUUUAGUUGCACAUAACCAGGUCAGAUAACUUUAUAGAACACUUUACUGUUAACCAAACUUUGUAAAGUGCUAACAAGUAAGUUAAACUCACAAAUACUAUUAGUCAUGCUGUGUCAGAUAAUCUGAAGAACAACUCGGUGACUUGACUUCAGACUGAAUUUGUUACAGAGUAUUUUAUAAUAGCAGGUAUUCUGCCUGCUAAAUGAGUUUGUUGCUAUUGAUUUAGACUCUGACUUAGUUCUUCGCGGGAUGUGGGGAAGUGUCUGUAAGUCAUUGUAGGAAUUUCUGCUUCUCAACUUCACAGUUUCUUCAGCAUUAAGCAGGGCACUAUCCCUGCUUGACUUCUCAGGUUCCUUUCUUUCAGCCCAGGAACACAUAUGAUAACUGAGCCAAAUGUAAAUUAAAGGGAAAGCAAAAAGUUCUAAACAGGGUCUACAAGUUUCACUAGUUGGAGAAUACCAGAUGGUUGAUAAGCACCCCUGAAGUGGGGUGAGAUGGGAAGAAAAGAAGAGCAGACUGACAUGAAAAGAAGCAGUCUGCAGGUACUUAAUUAAUCUCUAAUAAAUUGAAUUGAGUCAGUCAAAAUCGGUGCAUUUCUUCUAGGCCAUUACAUGGAGUAAAACAUGUACCAUAUAUUGUGGCAUACAAGCCCACCAGUCUGUCCCCUGUUGUCUAAAUUAAUGGCAGUUCUUAAGUGAGAAAUGAACACUCCAAUCUAUUUUGACCAUAUAAGUCAUUAUUCCUCCGCUUUCCAGUUCCUCCUCUGUCCUCAUUUGCAGGCCCAGACCAGGUGCCUGCUUGAGAAGGCUUACAAGGAAGACCUAAGGAAAAACCAUCUGUCCAGCAGAAAGUGAAGCAGAUAUUAGAGGAAGUGCUGAAAACCAUUGGGUAGUGGUGUUGAGAGGCAUGGUGUGUCAACAGUGCAAAUAAAAUUCUAGUUUUGUUAUAA